CUACUUUAUAAACGCCUUAUUUUGUUAGGUAAACGUAAAUUUUGCAUACUGGAAAUGAAAAUGCAAGCAAUGAAUCUGAGAUUAUUGUGCUCAAUUCAAUUCCAAACCAUCCUUCUCUUGUUGGUUGUACUUCUACAUAUUAAAACUCUUUCUGUUUCUGGUAUUAGUAUUGCCACCUCAACUUAUUUCGGUGGGAAUGAGACUGAUCAUCAAGCUUUGUUGGCCUUCAAGAGACAGAUAACACGUGACCCUGAAAACGUUUUCAGCUUAUGGAAUGAUUCCUUCCAUUUCUGCGAGUGGGAAGGUGUUACUUGCGGCCGCAAGCAUAGAAGAGUUACUGUAUUAGAUCUGAGUAUCAGAGGUUUGGUGGGUUCCUUGUCUCCAUACAUAGGCAACCUCAGCUUCAUUAGGGAAAUAGUGCUGGCAAACAACACCAUUGGAGGUAGAAUCCCUGAUGAAGUUGGCCGUCUAUUCAGGUUGCAAGUAUUGUGGUUGUCUAAUAACUCCUUCCAAGGGGAAAUUCCUGCAAACCUUUCCCAUUGCUCCAACAUUAAGAUUCUUAGAGUCGGUAGAAAUAAACUUUCGGGGUCAAUCCCAAAGGAGCUUGCUUCUUUAUCAAAGCUGGAGUUUCUAGCUCUUCGCGCUAACAAUCUUGGGGGAGGAAUCCCACCUUUCUUUGGGAACUUUAGCUCUCUCCAAGUUUUAUCUGCAGGCGGCAAUGUCUUGGGAGGACACAUUCCAAAUGCCUUGGGUCACUUAAGAAGCUUAACGGUCCUUGAACUGUCUGACAAUAAACUCUCUGGACAUAUUCCAGAUACCUUGGGUCAAUUAAGAAGCUUAACGUACCUUGCACUGGAUGGGAAUAAACUCUCUGGUUUGAUCCCUCCAUCUUUAUAUAAUCUUUCGUCUAUUACUGAAUUAUACUUGUACAGAAAUAACCUCUAGGGAAAAAUUCCAGCUUUUAUUGUGAAUCUUAGCUCUCUACAAUUAUUAAAUGUAUUCGACAAUGUUCUGGCAGGACAUAUUCCAGAUACCUUGGGUCAAUUAAGAAGCUUAACGUACCUUGCACUGUCUGGAAAUAAACUCUCUGGUUUGAUCCCUCCAUCUUUAUAUAAUCUUUCGUCUAUUACUUAUUUUUAUCUCUAUGAAAAUAAGCUUAGUGGAAGUCUUCCUACAAACUUAUUCCUCACCCUUCCGCAUCUCCAGUGGUUUCUAAUCUAUGAAAACCAAUUUACCGGAUCUCUUCCAGUCUCAUUAUCUAAUGCUUCAGAGCUACAACAAUUCCAAGUUAGCAAUAACAAUUUUACGGGAAAAAUUUCAGUCAAUUUUGGAGGCCUGCACCGUUUGGAGGUAUUAUUAAUUGAAGAUAAUAAUUUAGGAAGUGGAGAUGAUGAUGAUGAAAUGAAUUUCUUUCAAUCUCUAGUCAAUUGUAGCAGUUUACGAAAAAUAAGUCUUUCAGGGAAUCAACUCAAAGGGAGAGGUUCCAACAAAAGGGGUUUUCGCAAAUGCUAGCGCAAUAUCACUCAUUGGAAAUAGUAGAUUGUGUGGGGGCAUAUCGGAACUAAACUUGCCGA